AAAAUCACUUGAAGAUUAGACCACCGAGCUCUGUGUGACCUAUUUAGUGUAUUGGGAAUCUCAGGAGGGAGUAAUCUUAAUAGAUAUGAAAAUUGAAGACUUUUUUUUCCCCUCCGUCGUUACUUUAAUUCACUAAUUGCCUAAUUCACUGGAGAGUGAAGUCUGUAAAUGGGAUGGUGGGUCUCAAUAGAUUUUAGACCCAAAUUUCUGAACCUUGGAUGAGGAUGGCAUCUGCGAAACGCGCACCUCUUCCUAGCGCCAUUGUCGCCAGCGAAUUGGUCCAGGUCAGUGCAUGAGCUGCUUGAUGUUGUUUCAGCACCAAGCUCCAGGAUGAGAGAGAGGAUCUUGAGCAGAAAUACACCUCUGAGGUCUGUGACCUGAAAGACCAGAUUGAACUCCUCCAGAUUGAGGUGCAGAAGGCCAAUUUGAUUUUCCAGUACAAGGCUGAGAAGGAAAAAGAGACGAAGAAACUGUCUGAGGACCUGAUGGAGUACAGACAACUCUAUCAACAGCAAAAAUCUGAGAAUGCCAUCCUGCACGAGGAGCAGAUGCAGCUGGAGAGGUCUCUGAAGACGCUCCAGGUGGAGGCCCAGGCGAUGAAGGAGGAACUAUCCCACGUUCAGCAGGGCUCAGGACAGGGGCCCUCCUCCUCCCUGCAGGAGAAGAUCUUGCUGCGCAAGGAGGUGGAAUCCCUGAAGUGUAGGGUCAUAGAGGUUGAGGAGAGCAAGAGAAAACUUCUUGAGAGAGCCAAGAGACACCAAACGGUAUACGAAGAGAACCAGCGGAAGUCCUUGCAGGAGCUAAAGACGCUGGAUGAGAUGAUUGAGACUGUGAGGAAGACCCUGGGCUCUGUUCCUGAUCUUGUUGCUGUGUCUCAGGAGCUGCAGGCCUUGAGGGACUAUCUUGGUUAGAGUGACAUUGAGACUGUGGUUUGUAAUUAAUGUAUAUAAUGCUCCUCACGUUUGAUAAUAAAGUUUCUUUUUCAAAGCAAAACUGCACUUUUUU